GCUGAAAAUGACUGAAUAUAAACUUGUGGUAGUUGGAGCUGGUAACGUAGGCAAGAGUGCCUUGACAAUACAGCUAAGUCAGAAGCACUUUGUGGAUGAAUAUGAUCCUACGAUAGAGGAUUCCUACAGGAAACAAGUAGUCAUUGACGGAGAAACCUGUCUCUUGGAUAUUCUCGACACAGCAGGUCAAGAGGAGUACAGUGCAAUGAGGGACCAAUACAUGAGGACUGGGGAGGGUUUUCUUUGUGUAUUUGCCAUAAAUAAUACUAAAUCAUUUGAAGAUAUUCACCAUUAUAGAGAACAAAUAAAAAGAGUUAAAGAGUCUGAUGAUGUACCUAUGGUUCUAGUAGGAAAUAAGUGUGAUUUGCCUUCUAGAACAGUAGACAGAAAACAGGCUCAGGACUUAGCAAGAAGUUAUGGAAUUCCUUUUGUUGAAACAUCAGCAAAGACAAGACAGGGUGUUGACAAUGCCUUCUAUACAUUAGUUCAAGAAAUCCGAAAACAUAAAGAAAAGAUGAGCCAAGAUGGUAAAAAGAAGAAAAAGAAGUCAAAGACAAAGUGUAUAAUUAUGUAA